AUGGGAGCGCGCGUUGCCAUAGCAGCGGCGUGGGGGCGGCAGCCAAUGGGAGGGCGCGAUAUUGAGGGCGCCGGGCGUGGAGGCGGCGGGAUGGCCUGUGGCUGCCCCAGGCCCUGCCUGGGGGCCGUGGCCCAGAGGAGGAGGGGGAACCCCAAGCCGGAGCUGCCCGAGGAGCAGCAGCGAGAAAUCCGCGACGCCUUCGAGCUCUUCCACACCGACGGCAGCGGCAGCAUCGACCUCAGGGAGCUCAAGGUGGCCAUGAGGGCUCUGGGGUUUGAACCUAAGAAAGAAGAGAUCAAGAAAAUUAUCUCAGACAUUGAUAAGGAAGGGACAGGAAAAAUCAGCUUCAGUGACUUCCUGGCAGUGAUGUCCCAGAAAAUGGCUGAAAAAGAUUCCAAAGAGGAGAUUCUCAAAGCUUUCAAACUCUUUGAUGAUGAUGAAACUGGAAAAAUCUCCUUUAAAAACCUCAAACGUGUGGCCAAAGAGCUGGGGGAGAACAUCACAGAUGAAGAGCUGCAGGAGAUGAUUGAGGAGGCAGAUGGGGAUGGGGAUGGGGAAGUGAGUGAGCAGGAAUUCCUGAGGAUCAUGAAGAAGAGCAGCCUCUACUGAAACCCAGUGGGAUUUAUUCCCUGGCACUCCCCUCCCUUUUCUUGUGUCUUCAUUUCUUUGGAGCAGCAGAAAAUACAGGUCAGUUCUGCCAGGAUUUUUUUGUGUGUGGAAUGGUUUUGUUCAGAAGGUUGAAAGGUUUUGCAGCACCCCCUGUUCACAGGCAGCUGGUUAUGGUGUUUACACUGCUACAAAUCCACAAAUCACAUUUUUGGGACCAAAUUCAGAUCCUUUCCUGACUGGAUCCAAAUGAUUGCAGUUGGGUAAAGAGGUGACUCAAAACCAGACAUGUAUUGCUCAGUAUAAAUCUAUUUUGGGAUUUUAUUUUGGUUUGGGCUCUACAGUGAACUCUUCAUAACAUAUUUGCAGUGACCAGAUUUUUGGAACCUGUUUUAUGGGGAUUAUCCCUUCCCCCAUUUUUUAGAGCAUUCUUUAAACACAAAAUAAAAAUAAACUGCUGAAACUUUCCUUGUGUUCAGUUCACACUGAAGAAAUAUUUUUAGAAGGAAAUUCUCAAUGCUCAGAGGCUGCAGAUGGGGUUGGAUUUCAAAUAAAGUCUUACUUGAAGCCAUCAGAGUUGUGGAAAGAGUUUUAAUCCCCACUUUGCCAAAAAAAUAAAAAAUAAAAAAAAAAGAUGUGGCCAAGCUGGAGAGAAAUGCCACAAAGAUGAUCCAAAGCCUGAGAGAGCUGAGCUUGUUCAGCCUUAGGGAACUGAAAUUUAGGGGAGAUUUUCUCACCAUGGCAUUUUAGGAGGGGCUAAAAAGGAGAAGGAAACUCCUUUUUAAUGAGGAAUCAUGGGAUAAUCUGUACAGGUUAUUCCUGAGGACAUCCUGAAUGCCCAGAGGACAGUUUUUCAACAAGAAAAAAUCAACUUUUGGAAGUUCUGGAUUCCCCAGGAGAAGAAUUUCACCUGUUCCCAGCAGAGCUGGGGACACAGGGCUGGUCCUGCUCUCAGAAAUGUCACAUUCCUGCUCCAGUCUGGGAUCUGACAAAUCCCAGAAAACCAGGGGGGAUGUUGGGGAUUUCUUCCUGGAUCAUUGUCCCAACUGCCCCAGAGCUUGUCCUGAUCCAGAGGGAAAGGCAGAGACAGAAGCAGAGCUCAGAAUUGACUAGAAGCAUUUAUUUGGUAUAAUAAAUGGUAUAAAAUCAAUUUUAUUUAUUUCAUUUGGUAGCAGAACUGGGUUUCCUUCCUUUGGCCACAAUUCACUGCUCUGAGGGAGGGGUUGGGGAGCAGCUGAGCCUGAGCCCUGUGGGGGCCUGGCUUCAAGCUGAGGGAGGGCAGGGAUGGAGAGAUUUGGGAUGGAGAGAUUUGGGAUGGAGAGAGAUAUGGGAUGGAGAGAGGAAUAGGUGACAUUUGGGAUGGAGAGAGGGAUAGGUGACAUUUUGGAUAUGUGACAUUUGGGAUAGGUGACAUUUGGGAUGGAGAGAGGGAUAGGUGAGAUUUGGGAUGGAGGGAAAGGUGAGAUUUGGGAUAGGUGAGAUUUGGGAUGGAGGGAUUUGGGAUGGAGGGAUUUGGGAUGGAGAGAGGGAUAGGUGAGAUUUGGGAUGGAGGGAUUUGGGAUAGGUGAGGUUUGGGAUGGAGAGAUUUGGGACAGGUGAGAUUUGGGACAGGUGAGAUUUGGGAUGGAGGGA